GGCAAGAAGCCUGAAGGAACCAGAGAGCCUCGAGACUGACGCAGUCUUGUUGAAAAGCCUGGAGAAGUAGAAAUCGAUUUGUUUUUAAGGACUGUACCGGCGAGCAGCGAUGGUAUGCGGCGGAUUUAUUUGCACCAAGAACGCACUCAGCGCUCUUAAUGUACUUUAUGUUUUGGUGAGUCUGCUGCUGAUCGGAGUGGCAGCCUGGGGGAAAUGGUUCGACCUGGUCUCCAGCAUCCGGGUGGUGGCAGGGGUCAUCAGCGUGGGCAUCUUCCUGUUCCUGGUUGCCAUUGUGGGACUGUGCGGCGCAAUGAAGCACCACCAGGUCCUCCUCUUCUUCUACAUGAUAAUCCUGUUCACAGUGUUUGUCAUGCAGUUUUCUGUGUCCUGUGCUUGUCUGGCCCUGAAUAAAGACCAACAGAACCAUCUGCUGGAGGUUGGAUGGAACAAGUCGGCGGCCACUCAAAGGGACGUAGAAAAGACCCUCAACUGUUGCGGCUUCUUUUCUGUUCCCAUCAAUGGCUCAUGUGCUGCUAGUUGUUAUAAGCCUGUCUCUCCAUCAGCCUGUGAGACGUGCUCCAACACCAUCCAGCAGAUUGCGGGAGAGGUGCUGCGGUUUGUGGGUGGUAUCGGACUCUUCUUCAGCUUUACAGAGAUCCUUGGAGUUUGGCUCGCCCACAGAUACAGAAAUCUCAAAGAUCCUCGAUCAAAUCCCGGAGCCUUUCUAUAACCACUCACAACUCAUAAAAGGCCCAAAAUGUACUACUGAAUAAUCUCUUAACUUCGUAAAUCACUCUUAUCGGGACAUUUGUACGCUUUAAUACAGCUUUUUGCUGUAUUCAAUUAUAUUAUAUGAUAAUGAUGGUAAGAUAAAGUGUAACAGUAAUACAAAAAGGGAAAAAUCACUCUUAAGUCUUAAAGACGGCUACACAGAAUCUGUCAGAAAUUGCUCACUGCUAACAUUAGCCUCUGGUUAUACCAGACCAAGUAAGGCUGUAACUACAAAAACCCUGUGUAUUGAACUGAGGAAAUGUUUUGUUUUUUAUUGCUUAUGAAUAUAUGUUUGCUUUAAUAUUUGCUCCUUGAUUACUUUAAUUUAAAAUAUACUUUUUUUUGCUGUGAAUAUGAAUUGUCUUUCUUUUCAGGAGUGGUUCAAGGAUUAGGGAAAUAAGCUUGUUCUUUGAAUUAGAUGACUUUUGGCAAGAAAGCAAAUAAUAAAACUAUUCCUUUAAGUGACA